GCUCGCUGUGCGUCUCAGCUGCAGCACGACAUCACCGAUUUUAGAAGAGGCUCAGGGUGGGCAGAAACUGAAGCUGAUAUUGCCCGCAAUCCUGAAUACCCGAAAGAAAAUCUCCAGCCAGGCACAAGGUCACGGGCAUCGAAUUCUCAUUAAUCCUUCGCUUUCUGCCUGAUCUCGGUUCUGAAAUUGCACCGUGUUAAUGGAGCAACGAAACACAUCGCCAGACAAAUUUACCACUGAACCCCCUGAUGUAACAGUGAAUGAAUUUGAAGAUUACUUACUAACAGAUAGCCUACUGGUGGACUAUUUCAACAUGUUUCUCAGUCUACUGAAUUUUCCAAUGCCCAUUUGGUUUAACAAACGAACGGAGACAUUUGAAAUAGUUGACAAUGCAAAGAAAAAUCUGUUGAGGCGGUUAAAACGAUUGGUCCAUACUUACAGUCCUGCAGACCCCAUCUACAAUGCGACACUCAGAUCCCAAGAAAGACAUCCUCGGUUUAAAAAGAUCACUGCUCUGGAUCUAAAAUUUGAAAACAAGUUCAUUGUAAGGCACCUUGAUCAUGUGCAGGGUAUUGCAUGGAUAAAAAAUGAGAGACUCCCAACAUUCCUUUUGAGUGAUUGUUACUUUGAGUACAGGCUUGCAAAGCUGCUGUCUCAGUUAGAAAGUAACACAGGACCUGGCGUGCCACAAAUUGAUCCUACUUACCGCCCAUGGGUUACUGAGAAAGAAGAAGGAAAAGAAGCACAUUUGACCAAAAUUCUAGAUAUGGUUGACAAUACCUUAGAAGAAACAGAAGAAGAAGAAGAAGAAACAGAAGAAGAAGAAGAAGAAACAGAAGAAGAAGAAGAAUCAGAAGAAGAAAUAAAAGAAGAACACUUCAUGUCCAAAACUGUAGAUAUAGUUGAAGAUGCCACAGGACAGGUCUAUAUCAGCUAUGAAAAUGGAAAUGAUCUGGUUUCUGUAAAAAGCGAGGCAAGUUUGCUAAUGACAUCUUUAUACCUGCCUAUGUUGCUAAGCCAUGCUUCUGUUGCCCAAACCAAAACAUUGUCAACAGGAACGGUAGAAGAAGCUCCAAUGGUUAACUUCAAAUCUGAACUUGAAACUGUAGUCAGCUUUAAGGCAUCUUCACAUACUUCUACAACUUCUGUGAAGACUAUGGACAAUGUUGCAACAGUAAUAGAAGAAAUUUUGUCAAAUAUCAGUGCUGCAAAGUUACUCCGCCAUAGCAGACAGGUCAGUGACAGUACACAAUAUAGUUGCAUUCCCAGUUUGUCCAAACCAGUAAUUGUGGAUGAUGAGUUAUUUGAAUUCGUUCCUGCAUACCAUUUUGAUGGACAAGAAAUUAUCUACCUUCAACCAAAGCCAGAGAAUGAAACUAAACAUGGCCAAAAAGUAAACAAAAAAAACAAAGAGGUGAGCACUGAUGAUAAGGCAGUGAUGAAUGAAGAUAAGGCCAAUGAAAAAGCAAAAUUGCAUGUUCAGAAGGUCCACAUUGGCACGAAAACAAGAGCCCAUAAAGAUCUGGUUAGCACAAGUGAUAAAGCAGCAACUCAUGGAACAGAAACCAACCUGCCUUCUGAGACUGAGGAAAUGAAAUUUCACUUGGAGAGUAAUAUUUACCCAGCACCAGAUUCUAAUAUUUCUCAAACUGCUCAGCUGGAUGUACAGCAAUCAUCUGUAGUCAGUGAUAAUAUAAGAACUCAAAGUUUUUCCAAUGCUGUGGGUGAAGAUAGUAUGGAAUCUGACUCCACCAAUGAGGAAGGUGAUAUCAGAGAUUUCUGCUACAUGGAACCACCACAUAGCUUCAAUUUCAAGAACCGAAAGGGCAUUGAAAAGUUCAAGAAAUUUCUCCAAGGAACUGCCGGUGAGAAAUAUUGGUGGCUAUGGAUGGAUAUUGAAAGAUUAAAAGUAAUUGAGGAUGGCAAAAAGAAGCAAAGCUGCCUGAACAAGAUACGGAAUCGGUAUUUAUUUAAUGGGGGUGAAUACUGUAUGAAUGUGGAGACACGUGCAAAGCUGGGUCUCUCAUUUGUCUCUCAGUGGACCGUGGAAAACCUGAGUCAGGUUCAGUCAGAUGUAGUAUCGCCUCUGCUUCUCUAUUGGGGCCCAAGGUACUGUAUUAAUAAAGGAUUUCCCAUACGGCAAGCUGGUAUUGCCCUGAAAGAUUGGGAAGAUCGUCACUUGAGACCUAAGUCUGAUGUAGGCCCAUUUCCUUUGACAUUGCCAAAUCCUGCCAAGGUAGAAUGCAUUCCAGACAAGAAACAGCCGAAGAAGAAUUGUAAAUCACGGCAACACCAAAGAAAAGUUCCACAAAAUAGAUUAUCAUCAAAUAAGCAUUGCACUAGGACAAUGUCUGACACUGGUCUCUGCAAGCCAGCAUCUAAGAAAGAACUUCCACUUUCAAGUGACACAGUUCAAUCACAAGUCUCAAAAGAAAAAUUUAUGGAAAAUUUGGAAAACCUAGAAUUACGUAAAGCAAAAGACCUCCGCAACUUAGAGAUGUUAAUGCAGAUCAAAAAGUACCAUGAUGUCCUGUGUGAUGCCAAGUUGGACGACCUGCUGCAGGCCCUGCACAAUGAAAGCAGAACUGGAUAUUACUUCACACGUUUUUGUGAGAAAGCAGGGAAUACAUUAUGGAGGAAUGGUGUGAGCCUGUGGUUUGACCUGAAAGAAUAUCAGCGACUGUUUUAUGCAGAAAUCUUUCAACCUUUUAAACUCAAGAGACAAGCUCAGUUCAUUUUUGCUACAUACGUUAUUGAAGGGGCCCCAGCAGAUGUCCAAAUGGACGCAGAGAACAAGAAAGAGAUCUAUGCCAAACUAGAGCCACCAUUUGAAGACCUCUUUGAUCAAUUAGAGGAGCACACACUUAUCUUGCUACUGGUACCUUGGAACCAAAUGAUUGAAGCGGAAAUGUCAAGCUACAAUAAAGUGAAGUUGGUAACCAAGACCCAGUAUUUGGAUUCAAUAUACUACAAGAAGCUUCAGGAAUUGCAGAGGAAGUUUCUGCCCCAUGAAUUUCCUUCCAAAGCAUCCAUACAAGAAGAAAUUGUGGAGGAUCCCAGGAGUGCAUGGAAAUUUGUUCCAGAGCAAUUCCGUCAUUAUACAUUUCAAACGCUUCUUCACAAUCGCUUAGAACUUGACCAAUUCCAGACCUUCCUUAAAGAAAAUUUAGCAGACAUGGAUCUCAAUUGCUGGAUGGACAUUGAAUUCUAUACAAAUAUAUCUCGCCAUGAAAAAGAAAGUAAAAAUAUCAAAUCCAAAGAGAUUAUCAACAAAUAUAUGAAUCGAAAGUAUUUCUUUGGACCCAGCAGCCCUGCUACAAAACCACAACAGGAAGAGGUGUUGGCAUUGGCUGGUGGACAAGAAAAUUUGCUCCACAAUCUGUUGUCUUCAGAAGCUGCACUGGAGGUGCAAAGAUAUGCAAAAGAUCGUAUGGAAAGACAAUGGUUACCAAUGUUUCUAUCUACACCAGAGUUUGCUGAAAGUCAACAGAUACGGAUAAAAUUGCAAGAGGUCAUAGAGGACCAGAUGUUACACAAGAGCAGGAAGAAGCGGGAUGUAAUGAAGCACAUGGAGAAUAAAUGGACUGCCUCAUCAAAGGAGAUCAUAGCAUUCCGUAAAGCUUUGUUAAAUCCAGUAACGGCACUUCAAUUUCGAAAGUUUGUAUCAACAAAAGGAGAAUUGAUGGAAAAUAAUGUACUUUUUUGGCUUGAGGUUCAAAAAUACAAGGACUUGUGCCAUUCCCAUGCAACUGUGGAAACCAUUCAGAAUAAGAUCACAGUCAUUAUCAACUGUUUUAUCAAUUCCAAUAUUCCACCAGCUUUGCAAAUUGACAUUCCAGCAGAAUAUGCAAAUAGAAUUAUUAAUCAAAGGGAUCAGCAGGGUCCAUAUAUCUUCAGAGAAGCGCAGAUGGCAGUUUUUGAUAUCCUCUUCAAACAAUGGCCUCAAUUUUCUGAUUUCCGACGUAGUAUCGCUAUUGAAAGCAUAGAAGCCAAAAAGGGACAAGAAGUAAUGCAGAGUGGAAACACAGAAAAGAACUUAAUUCAGCUGACGAGCAUUCACAAUCGAAAAUCUGGUUUACUUCAGUCACCUUCUCUUGAUCCUGAGAGUGGGUCCAGUGGAAGUCAACUGUCCUUGAAGGGUGGAAGUGAUAAACCAACACAGAGUCAGCCGGAAAUGAAGCCAGGAAGUGCUGGAACCAAUCAGGGUUCAAGGCACAGCCAGAAGCUUUCCUGGUCUUUUUCCAAAUACCUGGAAGCACUGAAUAGAGAGGAAUCACUGAUUUUGAAAGCACGUGAGGCUGAUGGCAAGGAAUCGAGCAGAACAGAAGCUAGUAAAAUUGAGGCUGAUGGAGUGGAUAGUCGCAGAGUGCAAUCUGCAGCAAUAAAUAUUCUACCUCCAGGUAAUUGGUUGGCAGACAGGAAACAAAGAGUCAAGUCCUUUUCUGAAAUGGCAGCCCUUGUCAAGGGGCUACAACAGGUAUCAGUGCUUGGACCCCAGCUAUUCACAACAUAUAUUAAUGUUUUAGAUGAGUGAACUAAAUGUGAUAUUUCCAAGCUUGCAGCGGACACAAAGCUGUUUGGGAAGGCAAACUGUGAGGAGGAUACCGAGAUGCCUCAAUGUGAUUUGGACGGGUUGAAUGUGUGGGUAAAUGCAAGCCAGAUGAAUAUACUGUGGAUAAACGUGAGGUUACUCAUUUUGGUCGCAAAAAUGGAAAGGCAGAUUAUUAUUUGAUUGAUGAUGGAUUAGGAAAGGAUGAAAUGUAACAACAUGGAUUUUCUUAUACAUUGGUUGCUGAAAGUAUGCUUACAGGUGCAGCAAAAGGUGAAGAAGGCAAAUGCUAUGCCGGAUUUCAUAGUGAGAGAUAUAAGUACAGGAGCUGAGAUAUCUCACUGCAAUGGUUCAGGACCCUGUUGAGCCCACACUUGGAGUAUUGUAUGCAGUUUUGGUCGUCUUAUCCAAGGAGGGUUGUUUUGGCUCUGGAGGAAGUGCAGUGAAGGUUUGCCACACUGAUUCCUCGGAUCACAGCACUGACAUAUGAAGAAAGACUGGACUGGUUAGGGCUAUAUUCACUGGAGUUCAGAAGAAUGAGGAGGCAAUUCAUAGAAACCUAUACAAUUUUAACAGGAGUAGGUAAGCAUAGGAAGGAUGUUCCCAAUGACUGGAGAGUCCAGAACCAGGGGUCACAGUCUAAAGAUAAGGAAUAGGCCAUUCAGGACACAAAUGAAGAGAAAUUUCUUCACCCAGACCAUGGUGAGCCUGUAAAAGGGGUAGUUAGAAAUUCAUUACAGGCGGUGGCAUAAAACGUGUAAAAUUGGAUUGGACACCCAUUAUACACAGCACUGAUAUUCAUUUCCAUUAUGAAAUAUUCGUACUGCUACCUUUAUUUAUACUUGCUGACACUAUUAGAUUUAAUUACCAAAUGAAGUGAAUUGAGAAGUAAAUAUGUAGGCAAAGCAGCAGGAAGCAAAUUGGCAAUCUACACCACAUAAGCUGUUUCAACCAAUUGCCAGGAAUAUCCAGCAUAUUUCCACCUACUUAUGACUAACAAGAUCCCUGCCUACUUUGUAUUGUGUAGACAAACACUCAGUGAGGGUAGGAUUUGUUAAAUGCAGUGAGCCUUUAAAAGGUUGUUGCAAGAAAGAUUGGCAGGAUGUAGCCACUGAAAUACACACAUGAGGGAGCAAAAACAUCACGGCCAUUCUAGAGAGCACAAGUAGUUAAAAUACUUGAUAACCCCUGCAAAGGCUGAUGGACAGAAUGACACAGCUGCUAAAAUUCAAGGGAAAGCAAAUCUGAAGGUAAGAAAUUAUGCCUGUGAACAAAGGAAAAUAAACAGCAUUGCAAACAAACCUUGUAAGAUGACUGACAGAGUGAGAUUCUGCUUUGUGAGGUUGUUGUCAACUUUUCCAUCUGUUGGGAUAUCUUCCCAGGAAACAGAGCAGCUACACUCCUGGUAGAGGAUGGUGGCCAGUCGCAUUUAAACUGCCUCCAUUACUUAGGAGCAGAUGCAGAAAAGAAUAGCACUUCUUAAAGGGAUUAUCAAGACAGCACAGGGCACUAGGACCAUUAAUAAAUAGAUCUGUAUUCUAUGUCAACUAUUUCUAAAUCAUGAUUG